AUGGACGGCGGCGGCGCGGGCGGCGCGGAGGGGGAGCUCACGGCGCAGGAAACGGCGCUCUACGACCGCCAGAUCCGCGUCUGGGGCGUCGAUGCCCAGAAGAGACUAAGUAAGGCGCACGUGCUUGUGUGCGGCAUGAACGGAACCACCAUCGAGUUCUGCAAGAAUAUUGUUCUAGCUGGAGUUGGAAGUUUAUCCUUGAUGGAUGAUCAUGUAGUAACAGAAGAUGAUCUGAAUGCAAAUUUCCUAAUUCCUCCUGAUGAGAGCAUAUAUGGUGGUAGAUCUCGAGCCAAUGUUUGCUGCGAGUCUUUGAUAGAUUUCAAUCCUAUGGUUCGAGUUUCUGUUGAAAAGGGUGAUCCAUCACUAAUUGAUGGAGAAUUCCUAGACAAGUUUGACAUUGUUGUACUUAGCCGUGCAUCUCUUAAAACAAAGUUGUUUAUUAAUGAAAACUGCCGAAAGAGAAGCAAACACAUUGCAUUUUAUACUAUAGAUUGCAAGGAUUCAUGUGGUGAGAUAUUUGUUGAUUUACAGAAGCAUAGCUAUGUUCAGAAAAAGCCUGGAGGAGCAACUGAACAACAGGAGUUGACAUAUCCUAGUCUUCAGGAAGCUAUCUCUGUACCUUGGAAUAAUCUACCGAAGAAGACAUCAAAAUUAUACUUUGCCAUGAGAGUACUGGAGGAUUAUGAAUUAUCUGAAGGGCGCAGCCCUGGCGAAACAACACUUUCUGAUAUACAUGCAGUUUUGGCUCGGAGGAAGGAUUUGUGUGAUAAAAUGUCUUUGAAUGAGUCUCGUAUUCCUACGACUCUCGUGGAACGACUGCUAGCAGCUGGAAAGAAGGAACAUCCUCCAGUAUGUGCUAUCCUAGGUGGUAUUCUUGGUCAGGAGGUGAUUAAAUCAAUAUCCUGCAAGGGUGAUCCAGUCAAGAAUUUCUUCUAUUUUGAUGUGGCUGAUGGCAAAGGUGUCAUCGAGGAUAUCCCACCACCUUCUGCGAACUGA